AUGUCUGGAGCCACCGGACCUGCACCGCCCCCUGGGGCCGGGUCGGAUCUGCCGGACCUGAGCCACCUGACAGAGGAGGAGCGGCGCAUCAUCCUCUCGGUGAUGGAGAGACAGAAGAAGGAGGAGGAGAAGGAGCAGAGCAUGUUAAAGGAUCAGGAGGAAUCAAAACCUCCCCCGGCUUCGUGGAAUCCAUUCUCAGGGUUCAGUCAGUUGGUCAAUAAUGUUGCAGCCAAUGUGUCCGAAGUUCUGCAGGUUAAAAGUCCGACUGACAGCGAGUCACAGACGAAGUUGCAUCAGCAGUUUGAAAUGUAUAAAGACCAGGUGAAAAAACUGGGGGAGGAGCCUCCUGCAGCACAGACUGCAAGGGCAGAGUCUCCCACCUGUGGCAUCUGCCACAAGACCAAGUUUGCUGACGGCUGCGGCCGAGCCUGCUGCUACUGUCAGAGUCGCUUCUGCGCCCGCUGUGGUGGGCGUGUCCCUCUGAGAGCCAACAAGGUGAUGUGGGUGUGUAACGUGUGCAGGAAGCAGCAGGAGAUCCUGACUCGAUCGGGGGAGUUUUAUUCCAGUGCAUCACCUCCACACCUACCUCUGCAGGGGCAUCCAGGGGCCAUGGGACCCCUGAGUAAUGGAGCUACAGAUCAGAGGCGGAGCCCAUCCGGGUCGUGUUAUGAUGGUGGCGGUGGCAGGAUGGCUCGCUCACCUUCUGAACAUGGUCUGGAUCGCCGCAAUCGCUUGCUGCACACUUACCAUGGAAAUGGAGAGGCAGAGCUACGAGCCCAGAGACGACCAAUCAAAGACAGUCGAGGCCGCUGGCAUUCACAAGACCACCCCUUGGACCAGGUCCUGGUUGAUCAAGAGCAGAGACGACGGCAGGAAGAGGAGUUUCAGGCUCGUUACCGUAGUGACCCAAAUCUGGCUCGUUACCCAGUGAAGCCACAGCCGAGUGAGGAGACUAUGAAGAUGUUGGCUCAGGUCGGCAGAGUCCGUCACCAGCGUCGCCAUAGUGAUGUCUCUUUGGCAAUCACUGAACCCGAACACCAUCACCUGAGACACGCAGGUGUUCGUCAGAACCGACCUCAGGGACUGAUUGGAUCUGGAGGUCAGAGGUCAUUCUCUGUUGACAGGGCAGGUAGUCACAUCAGCCCCACGUCUCCCCGCCGCAGCCCAUUGCCACAGCAACACCUGGACCCAAGCUCCGCCCUCAAGAGAAAACCUACCAAUGACAGCCUGGCACAGCGGGGGCGAAUGAUUGGGAAGAUGCAUGUGAUCGGUAGCUUCAGCAGUUCAGAGGAGGAGCUACUGACCACACCUGAAUACACCAGCUGCGAUGAGCCUGACAGAGACAUGGAGAGCCAAUGGUGGAAUCACGGUUCUUGGCAUGGCGAGCCUGCACCUAUGUCAAUGCAACCGGUCACGUGGCAACCAUCCAAAGAUGGAGAGCGCCUGAUUGGUCGAAUUGUGCUGAACAAAAGGAUGAAGGACGGAACAGUUCCCGCAGACACUGGAGCCCUGUUGGGACUCAAGGUUGUCGGGGGGAAGAUGACCGAGUCUGGUCGUCUUUGUGCAUUCAUCACCAAAGUGAAGAAGGGAAGUCUGGCUGACACUGUUGGACAUCUGAGACCAGGUGAUCAGGUUCUAGAAUGGAACGGCCGGGUUCUUCAGGGCGCAACGUUUAAUGAAGUCUACAACAUCAUCAUGGAAUCGAAACCAGAACCACAGGUGGAGCUGGUGGUCUGCCGACCAAUCAGAGAUGUUCCUAGAACAGCUGAUGUCUCUGUCCACGGCUUGGACUCCAGUUCCUGCUCUUUUGACUCUCAGAAAGUCGGUCCGUCUAUCUCUGUCACGUCCCCUUUGAGUCCCAGCGUUCUGUCUGGACAAGUUUCUACUGUGAACAGGCGUCCCCUGAUUCCAAGAAUCGAGAUAAAACUGUGGUAUGAUAAAGUUGGCCAUCAGCUGAUCGUAACUGUUCUCGGGGCAAAAGAACUUCCUGUGCGGGAUGACGGCCGCCCUCGGAACCCCUAUGUCAAGGUCUACUUCCUGCCGGACCGAAGUGAUAAAAGUAAACGUAGGACAAAGACGGUGAAGAAGUCACUGGAACCUCGUUGGAAUCAGACGUUUAUGUAUUCUCCGGUGCAUCGGCGGGAGUUCAGAGAGCGGAUGUUGGAGCUAACUGUGUGGGACCAGGCCAGAGUGAGAGAAGAGGAAAGCCAGUUCCUCGGGGAGGUUCUGAUAGAACUGGAGUCGGCUCUGCUGGAUGAUCAGCCUCACUGGUACAAAAUGCAGCUCCAUGAUGUCUCCUCCCUGCCUCUCCCUAAUGCCUCUCCAUACCUACAGAGGAGGGGGCUGCAGGCCGAGCAGUCACCGAGGAGGCUUCAGAGGUCUCAGAGGAUCAGUGACAGUGAGUUUUCAGAUUACGACUGUGAGGACGGCAUUGGGGUGAUAUCAGAUUACAGACAAAAUGGGCGGGACUUUCACAGCUCCACCCUGUCUGUGCCAGAACAAGUGAUGUCAUCUAAUCACUGCUCCCGGUUGGAGAUGGUGAGGAGGUCACAAUCGCCGAGCCAACCUCCUCCUCAGAGCGGUAACCCCUUGUAUCCGUUGUAUCGAGAGGAUGCUGUGCGGCUGCUUCGAGGCUCCAAACUGAGUCGAGCGUAUUCUGACGCCACUCAGUACAGCAGCCUUGACAGGCGACAGCUGAGGAGAUUUUCUAUCGGCAACUCUCUUGAUUCCUACGACAGAUAUAAUAACGGUCCGCAAAACACCUGGACAAACCACAACGGGAGUUGUGAGGACUACAGUCAGGAUUUCAUCCCCGACUUUCCGUAUGAACUUGAAGCUUACGAUGAGGAGCUGCAGAGGUACAGCCGGGGGAUGGAUCGGAGGGAUUACUAUAGCCGCUCCCGCUCAGCCGACCACCGAGCCAUGGCUGACAGACCCGUCUACACGCGGUCACACUCGACCGACAGAGCUGACUCCUCCUACCUGAGGUCUGGUCGCUCCGCCCCUCCUUCCCCUGCCCUGAUCAGAGCAAACGCUCGAGGUGGAUCAUCACUCACGAGCCCGACGGGAUCGGCGGUCUGCACUCGCCGAGGGCGCCAGCUGCCUGUCGUCCCACCAAAAGGAGUUCCAGACAGAAAUGGAGAACUCGCUGAGACUGUACAGACAGGAGCACCACCAGCGUCCAUACUCUCACCUACUCCAUAUCAAGAGGUCCCUCCCCCCAUCCACAAGCAGACCCCUCCUCCACUUAAUCAUCAACUACCACCUCUUAUACGAAUCCAAGGGCCUCCUACCCCUCCUACAUCUAACCUUAUCAAUUCAUCUCCUGCACCCGUGUCUAUGCGUGCACCUGCCCCUGUACUUGCACUUGGAUCCUCACCUGCUCAUAUGCUUGCAAAUGCACAUGUGCCUGCACCUGCCCAAGUUCUUGCAAGUGCGGCUGUGCCUGCAUCUGCAACUGGACCCUCACCUGCACCUAAUCAUUCAUAUGCACAUGUGCCUGCACCUAGACCUGGACCUUCAACUGCACCUGCACUUGCACAUGCACCUGCACCUGGAUCUGGACCCUUACCUGCACCUCCACCUGCACCCACUCUUUCACACGUGCCACAACUUGCACCUGGACCUGGACCCUUACAUGCCCCUGCACCCACACUUUCACAUGUGCCUCAACCUGCACAUGGACCUGGACCUGCACCUGCACCCACACUUUCACAUGUGCCUGCACCUACACAUGGACCCACACCUGCACAAACACCGGCAGCAUUACGUGCACAUGUGCCUGCAUCUGCAUCCGCACCUACGCCCACACAAACACCUGCACCUGCACCCACACCUGCUCCUGCAGCUACAGCCCCUCCAACACCUGCCCCUAAUUCUGGCCCAGCAUCUCCACCUUCCCAGGCUGUGGCCCUUACUCCUAAUCCAGCUUUAGUUCCGACCCCAGCUCCUGACAUUCAGUCACACGCUAUUCCAGAAUCUGCAUUACCUACUCCAACACCUAGCCCUGCCCCUUCUCCAGCCCCGCCCCCUCAAACUCCAGAUCCAGAGAGACGUUCAGCUACACCUGGAGGGACCAGAAAAGGUGUGAUGAAAGACCCCGCAAAGAUGAGGGACAGCCUGUCCUUUAAAUCAUCAGAUAGUGAUGUCAGUGAAGUUUCAGCCAUGUCCAAUGCCUCUGAAACCAGAACUGCCCGCAAGAUCAGUAAAACAGAAGCUGUGGAGGGCCAGUCACUGGACAUAGAUGCAGGUUCAGCGGAGGCUCAUGAGGUAUUGGCAACAGCGGGUGAAGCGAUGCUUCAGAAGAGCGAAUCGGUGGAUGAGGGGCAGGAGGAGGAGCCUGAGACUUCAAAGGCUGCAUCCACCUCUGGUGCUCCUCUUACCAAGUCGUCCAGCGUCGGCGGUGAGAUUUGCUCGUUGGGGAGAAAUGACGACGAUGAAGAUGACAAGAAGAGGCGCUCCAGCUUUGGAGCAAGGAUGAUGGGAAUGGUUGGAUUGGGAAAAAAGAGUCAGAGUGCCUCCCAGCUCAAUCCAGAGGAAGAGGAGAAGAAGAAGAAGGUGAUCCGACUUCCUGUCCAGAGGAGCGUAGAAACCGGCUUAGCCAUCGAGUUUAAAUCUCGAUUCACCCGACAACCGAGUCGAGAUCCAGAUGCUGAGGACCCUAAACCCGGAGCUCUGAUAUUUCCAGGAGUGAAACUGGCAUCAGAUAAACAGUUUACUGGUUUCCUGGAGGGAUUAGGCCCCGGCCAGCUGGCUGGAAGACAGACUUUAGCCACGCCCCCUAUGGGUGACAUCCAGAUCGGAAUGGUCUACAGGAAGGAGCGACUGGACGUGGAGGUGAUUCGAGCGCGGGGGCUUGUGGGUAAACAGGGCAACAAGAACACUCCAGCUCCAUAUGUGAAGGUUUAUUUAAUGGCUAAUGGAAAAUGUGUGUUGAAGAGGAGAACUCGUUUGGCGAGAAAAACCCUCGAUCCUCUUUAUCAGCAGCAGCUUCAGUUUGAAGAAAAUCCCGAAGGAAAAGUUCUGCAGAUCAUCGUUUGGGGCGACUAUGGACGAAUGGACCAUAAAUCCUUUAUGGGUGCUGCCCAGAUCCUUUUGGAUGAUUUGGACCUGUCCAACAUGGUGAUAGGCUGGUUUAAACUGUUUCUUGCCACCUCACUGGUGGACCCGGCCUUGGCACCACUAACUAAUAAAGAAGCAGAAGGCAGCAAAUCGUAGCAUUGGGGGACAGGACUGACUGUCGUCUCAGCAGGGGGCCAAGAGCAGGCAGGAGAGGCCCUGCUACCGCUGGGUGGGGUAUUAAAAAGUUGGGUGCUUCUCCUGCUGCUGCAUGCUGCAUGAUGACGUCACGCCGAGGAGGUACCAGUGCCAUGACGAUGUCAUUGCGGGGGAGGUAGACCCCAGAAGAAGCAGAGCCAAGCAGAAAAAGAUGCUUUGAAAAGAGGCCAAAAGACUUCAAGCUGCCAGCCAAUCACAGCAGCUCCUCAGGAGUCAUGUGACAGGAAGCAUGUCAAGGACUUCCAGACUCAACCUGUCACCUGACUGUUAUGGAAAAACAAAAACGGGAGGUUUGCUUUUUAUGUUUUUGCAUGGGACAAUGAAAAUAAAUCUCUGAAACAUCAAGAGGAAAAACAGAAAAACAACAUGGAACCAUGGGAAUGUCGCCUGAAAGUGGAAAAUAAAUUAUUCUAAAUAACUGUGAAUUUUGUAAGAUAUCUCUGACAGGAGUCCGUUUAAGCUGGUGUCCCAAACACAACACACUCGAUGUUCUCCAUAAUCGAGAUGACUUUAGAUUCGUACAGGUUCUGCUGCUAUGUCUGAAACAGCCUUGUUAAAAAAAAUGGGAAGCUGUAAAAUGUAAAUAAAUACAGAAUGCAAAGAUUUGCAAAUCAUUUAAA